AUGUCCUUCAACACAGAUGGCUCCAGCAACAGCUCCUCCUCUUCCUUGGUGCUGCGCUUUCCCCCUAAGCCUGAGGACUAUGGCACCACUUUCCAAUGCCAGUUGAACUUCUCCCUACCUAACUUGACCAGAAGUAACAUGGCUGCGCUCCAGGUGAUCUUACCCGCUACGCUGCUCCAUUCCUCCUGUUCCUUGGAGAAGAUGCUGCAGUGCAGCUGCUCUUUCUACGGGAUCCCCACACCCUCCGUGCAGUGGUUGAUGGAAGGCGUUCCUAUUAGUGUGAACAGCAUGGAUAACAUCCUCCAGGUGUCUUCCACCAUCACUGCCCCCUGGGCCAACAGCACCAUCAGCCUUAUUGGGAAGCCAGAAAUAGUCAUGCGCCUCCACUGUGAGGGGAGGAACCUAUAUGGAAUCCAUACUUCAAGCAUCUUCCUGAUACCAGAUAAGAAUUCAGUUUCCAAAGUGUUCAUGAAGGGGCUGGUCCAGGGCAUUGUAUACGGAUCCAUUGCAUCGGCACUCUUCUUCUUCUUCCUUGUCCUCCUAGCGUGA